CGCUACAACGUGCUCAUGAGCCCGCGGGGCGGCGCCUGCCUGGUAGGCUGCUCCUGGGCUGGUGGCUCCGUCAUGGGGAUGGUGGUGACCACGGCCAUUUUCCAACUGACUUUCUGUGGAUCCCAUGAGAUCCAGCAUUUUUUAUGUCAUGUGCCACCUCUGUUGAAGUUGGCCUGUGGAAAUAAUGUACCCGCUGUGGCCCUGGGUGUGGGCUUCGUGUGUAUCACGGCCCUGCUGGGCUGUUUUCUCCUCAUCCUCCUCUCCUAUGCCUUCAUCGUGGCCACCAUCUUGAAGAUCCCUUCUGCUGAAGGCCGGAACAAGGCCUUCUCCACCUGUGCCUCUCACCUUAUUGUGGUCAUUGUGCACUAUGGCUUUGCUUCUGUCAUCUACCUCAAGCCCAAGGGUCCCCACUCUCAGGAGGGUGACACCCUGAUGGCCACCACCUACACAGUCUUCACGCCCUUCCUCAGCCCCAUCAUCUUCAGCCUCAGGAACAAAGAACUGAAGGUUGCCAUGAGGAAGACCUUCCUCAGCAAACUCUAUUCUUCAGGCACCUGAGUAGCUGGCGUGGAGGUGCUGAUAGAAUAUGAUAGGAGGUUGGCCAUCCCCUUGUCUGUACAGUGUGGUUAGUAAUGCUUACCUUGUAAGGCAGGUGUAAAGAUCUGUGUAUAUGACAACACUCAUCACAUAGUAGGUGCUCAAUAAAUGUUAAAAGCAUGUUUUCUUCCACAACUCUUGAUCUGUAUGUCUUUAUCUGAGUUUUAGUUUUUGAGUUAUAGUAGCUUUAUUAAGAUGUAAUUCACAUACCAUACAAUGUACCCAUUAGAGUGCACACUUUCAUGGUUUU